GGAUGAUUGCCAAGGACAGACACAUUGACUCCAAAUCGUCGGGUGCAGUUACUUAUCUCAGUGUUGCUCGAUAAGCCUGGAUGCUUAUCAUGAAAUCAGUAUUUAUUCAGACACUGCCUUCAUGGGCUUCCUUUGACUGCAUCUCCAAUACAAUCCCUAUAAGCAGAAAUCAUGCACGCUGCCAAUAUCGCUCUUUUAUUCAUUUCCUGCACCUUCGCCAGAGACAUCUUCUUCCCUCCCAUCGCAGGAGUCGCUGAUUCAAGACAAGUUCCGCUCGGUGUGGAUGAGACAGUCGACAUCAUCACAGGCAGUCAAUUCUCGGGCCUGACAACUUUUGCACAUGUCCCUUAUGUGAAUUGCUUCGUGGAUGCUGAAGCCAAACACCAGCCAUACGAUAUUGCCUUUCUAGGAGCUCCAUUUGAUACGGGCGUCACCUCUCGACCGGGUGCCAGAUUCGGUCCUACUGGAAUCCGGCUCGGUGCUCGACGACUUAAAGGAUGGAGUAUCUACACAGGCGAGAAUGUACUGGACAGCUGGGCUAAAAUUGUUGACUGUGGGGAUGCCCCGUUGACCGUCCUCGAUAAUACUGUUGCGUUGAAGCAGCUUGAUUUGGCACACAAGGUCGUUUCUUCCCGUCCUGCAAACACUAGCAGCAUAUCGCCUGUUCCUCGUAUCAUAACACUCGGCGGAGAUCACACCACGACAUUAUCGGCUUUGAGAUCAACAGAAAAGCAUUGGGGGCCGGUAUCGGUUAUUCAUUUCGACAGUCAUAUUGAUACUUGGGAUCCUAAUGUACUGGGUGGUGGAGUGUCUCACUAUGCCGGCGUCAACCACGGCACGUUCCUCCACAUAGCCCAUGAAGAGAAUCUCAUUCGCAACACCUCCAUCCACGUCGGCAUCCGCGCCCCCGUGAAUCGUCCCAAAGGCGCCGACAUCCGCAAUGACAUCCGCUGCGGCUUCGAGAUCAUCAAAGCACGAGACCUCGACCAAAUAGGUAUGAAAGGUGUUAUUGAUAAGAUUAAGGAGCGUGUUGGUGAGAGUAGAGUUUAUAUCUCUGUUGAUAUCGAUGUUUUGGAUCCUGCUUUUGCGCCGGCAACUGGGACUGCUGAGCCGGGUGGGUUUACCACGAGAGAACUUCUGUCCAUUCUUGACGGUCUGCGUGGAUUGCCUGUUGUUGGUGGUGAUGUGGUUGAGGUUUCUCCCAUCUAUGAUAGCGCCGGCGAAACAACUGGUUUGGCGGCGGCUGAGGUUGCGAAUUCUUUGCUUGCACUGAUGAUUGCUGUGCCUGUUGUGCCGUGA